GGCCGCCCGGCCCAGCGCUCCUUAGUAUCCCGUCCCGGCACUAACUGCGCGCGCGCACGGGACUCAGGCGCUGCGCGCUCCGGGACAUGGCGGUCCACUUGCUAUGUUUGGUGGCCGCGUUGCCCCUAAUUGGAGUCAACACGCAAGAUGAUUCGUGGUACGCUCAGAGGAACGAAAUAAAUUCAUUACCCGGAUACUAUCCCACGGCGGGAAGUUAUCCAACGAGGAACACAUACCCCCAGUAUCCUGACGCAUCUAGAGAAACUUACCCCCAAUACCCAGAUGCAUCACGGAACUCAUACCCUCAAUACCCGGACACGUCUAGAAACUCGUACCCGGACUCGAGGUUCAACUACGGGGCGUCGCCGUCGCAGCAGCCGGGCCCGCAGCCUCCGGCCGUGCGCGAGCCCUACGGCGCUCACUACGACCCUAUCACCAAGCAGCGCGUCACGCCGCACCCCAACUGCACGGCGCGCGCCUCUUGUCAACCGUUGUGUCUUGCGCAGAAAGGUGCCAAGGGAAAACAAGGUUCUUUCGGUCCGCCGGGACCUACAGGUUUCCCUGGGCACGAGGGACCUGAAGGGCCCCAGGGUCCAAAAGGUCAAAAAGGAGAGAUCGGCUCAGUAGGUCCUCGUGGGCCGAAAGGUGACAGAGGAAAGCCUGGUCAACAGGGUUUCCAAGGGUUUGCGGGACGUCCUGGACUGCAAGGUGAAUCGGGGAGGCCUGGCGACCGGGGCAGAGAUGGUUGCAAUGGUACAGACGGUGACUCGGGUCCUCAAGGCGAGAGGGGAUAUCCAGGACCUCGCGGUUACCCGGGGAGUACAGGACCAAAGGGAGACAAAGGAGAAUCGGCAGCCGUGGGAAGAUACCCGAAGGGUGACAAGGGAGAGCCAGGGUCUCCCGGAGAACAGGGUCCCGUCGGUCCCAUAGGACCCUCAGGAGAACCCGGCCCUCAGGGCGUAAGAGGGCGACCAGGAUACACGGGAUCACCAGGUCAACCUGGUGAAAAAGGUGCUAAGGGUCCGAAAGGUUUAUCGAUCAAAGGUGACAAAGGUGACAGAGGAGAUCAAGGCAAAAAGGGUCAGGCUUGUUCUGAAAAACCUUUACAUGUGGAAGUAGAAAAAGGAGCCAUUCUGGGAACUCAAGGUGACAAAGGAGACAAAGGUUUUAAGGGUGAACCAGGCAUGCAGGGAGAAAAGGGUUAUACGGGAGAAACAGGUGAAUCAGGAUUACCAGGUCUCGUAGGACCGAAAGGAGAAAAGGGUAUUCGUGGGAACACUGGUGAGCGUGGUCGAGUCGGUCAGUUUGGUGCAAGUGGACAGAGAGGACAAAAGGGUGACAGAGGUAACGAAGGCCUGAGAGGUCGUGAUGGCCGACCCGGCCAAAAGGGAGACCCGGGCAAAGACGGUACCCCUGGUUUAAGAGGUCUUACCGGUGUCCCUGGGCCACCGGGUGGCAGCACAGGAUCAGUUGUCGGCCCUCCCGGUCCGAUCGGUCCUCGGGGUAACCCUGGUGGGUCGGGUGCGAGAGGCACAGACGGCAACCCUGGAGAACCAGGCCGCCCGGGCCCCAUGGGCCCACCAGGAGGACAGGGAGUCCCUGGCACACAGGGACGAGAAGGCCCACCUGGAAUGAAAGGCGACAAAGGAGAUACUGGACCCGAAGGAAAACCCGGACCGGCUGGACUUCAAGGGUACAAUGGACAGGAUGGAUACCCAGGCGAAAGAGCAAAGGGUGACAGUGGCCUUUCGAUUCCGGGUGAUCGAGGACUAAGUGGAGAACCAGGAUUACCUGGACAGAAAGGUCAGAAGGGAGACAGAGGCUACCAAGGCUUGAGAGGUGCUCCUGGCAAUUCAACAUUAGGAACCCCGGGUAUGCCUGGUGACGUCGGACCCCGCGGGAAAAAAGGAGACAAAGGAAACCCAGGUUUACCAGGAUAUCCGGGUGAGCCGGGAACCAAAGGAGACAGAGGCGGUGUUUGCAACGAUUGUAGACCAGGAACGCCCGGGCAGAAAGGUGACCGAGGUUUCGACGGCACGCCCGGGACGCUCGGAGAGCGCGGCCCGCAGGGUCCCCCUGGCGUGCCCGGUCAACGCGGGCCCGACGGCCUUCAUGGAUUACCGGGAACUCCAGGAGAACCGGGUAGACAAGGUGACGAUGGUCCAAUGGGACCUCCUGGAAGCCCAGGUCUGCCCGCGAUGAUACCGUCAAAUCUAGUUAAGGGACCUCCUGGAGAAAAGGGUGAACGAGGUCUCCCGGGUCUCAGAGGGCCAAAAGGAGACAAAGGACUUGCUGGUCCCCCCGGCAGUAAGGGCACAAUAGGCAUGCCCGGGUACAAGGGUGAUCAAGGUCUGCCCGGCGCCCCCGGAAUCGAUGGAACCCCGGGAAGACACGGUCAACCAGGCAAACCUGGUGUAAAGGGUAUUUCGAUCAAGGGCGAGAAAGGUACUCCUGGAGAUGCUGGAUUGCCAGGAGACAAGGGAUACCCGGGAAGAAUGGGUUUGAAGGGCGAGCCUGGUCAAUGCCCUGCGAAUUUAGCGGAACUCACAAAGGGUGACCGAGGAGCACCUGGAUCACAGGGACCGCAGGGACCCGCUGGCAUACCUGGGGAAAAGGGAGACCAAGGCUACACCGGUCUAAAGGGAGAUAAGGGUGAAUUGGGUGCUCAAGGAAAAGAGGGACCAGUUGGGCCACGUGGUCUUCCAGGCGCUCGAGGCGAGAAGGGAGGCAUGGGUAUUAUGGGCUCCCCAGGGUCGCCCGGUGAAAAGGGCUUGAGAGGUAUCCCGGGGCUUCCAGGCUCGAGAGGCAUUAAAGGAGACACCGGUAUAUCUAUGCCUGGCCCGCCUGGACCUCCGGGUAACGACGGGUUAAAAGGUGACAAAGGCUUGAGAGGUGAAGCAGGAAAGAAUGGAAAUGAUGGACCACCCGGAUGGAAUGGGCUUCCUGGCGAAAAAGGAGACACUGGGCGACCAGGAAUUUCAGGGCCACCUGGCCCACAAGGUCUUAAGGGAGAACCUGGACCUGCCGGUCCCCCUGGUAUGAGUGGUAUACCGGGAACACCGGGACCUAUUGGCGAGAAAGGACAAGCUGGAUACCCUGGAAUGCCCGGUCAACCCGGUGUUAUUGGUCUUCCUGGAAAGACAGGUGAACCCGGCAUGCAGGGGCCUACCGGGCCUCGAGGUUUCCCUGGAAGACAAGGACCGGCAGGACUACCCGGUAUCCCCGGCCAAGACGGUGAGCCAGGACAGAAGGGAGAUAGGGGACCUCUUGGUUUCUCAGGUGAACCAGGCCAGCCUGGCAUGGACGGUAUUCCUGGUCUAGUGGGUGCUCCCGGCGAAAAAGGCGAUCAAGGCUUUGAAGGGCCUCCGGGACUGACGGGACCAAUGGGACCAAAAGGUGACAAAGGAGAUAGAGGUUUCACGGGAGCCGCCGGCCCUAGAGGAGAGCCCGCUUUACCUUCAGAAAAAGGACAGAAGGGAGAGGCAGGUUUAACUGGACUACGUGGUUUCACUGGAUCACCGGGCAGAAAUGGAACAAAGGGAGACAAGGGUAAUGCAGGGUUCCCCGGAUUUGGCAGACCUGGACCGGCUGGAGAAAAAGGUGAUGCAGGCACACCGGGUCCACAAGGAUUUACUGGAGAACAAGGGCUACAGGGAGAACGUGGUUUUUCUGGUGCCAGAGGCGAGAAGGGUGAUAUAGGCUUACCUGGUAACGAUGGGUGGCCAGGCUUGGACGGAAAGGAUGGAUUACCGGGUAAACCUGGCGACAGAGGUCUAACAGGCGCACCUGGUGCACCGGGAGAGAGAGGAGACACUGGAGAACCUGGAAUGGACGGUAUUAAUGGAAUAAAUGGAAAAGAUGGCCCGAUAGGCCCGCCUGGAGUCCCAGGACCCGUAGGGUAUCCUGGUCUUAAAGGAGAAAGAGGUUUGCCCGGGGUGGCGAUAGAUGUGAAGGGAGAAAAAGGAAACCAGGGUCUGCCAGGCGCCCCAGGCUACCCCGGUCAAAAGGGCGACAGAGGUUUCACCGGUGAAGCUGGUAUUGCAGGCGAAAAGGGAGAAAUUGGGUACCAAGGAGAAAAGGGUUCAACUGGACAGUACGGCUUCCCAGGAGAUAAGGGUGACACUGGACCCUCUGGACCCGCUGGCCUGCCUGGAUUGACAAUCAAAGGAGAAAAGGGUCUUCACGGUAUUCCUGGCAAACACGGGCGUCCUGGGCCACAGGGUGCCCCCGGAGAGAAGGGCGACCGAGGCUUAACAGGUCUGCCGGGACCUUCAGGCUUCUCCGGAACUCCGGGCAGACCAGGAGAUCGUGGCGAGAAGGGAGACAAGGGUUUGGAAGGCGUCGCCGGCCCGCCCGGCUUCGACGGACCGCCAGGUCAACCUGGUCCUCGCGGUUUUACUGGCAUUAAAGGUGAAAGGGGUGAAAAGGGCGAGACCGUAAUGGGAUACCCGGGCGAAAAGGGAGACCAAGGACCCCCGGGAGCGCCAGGAAUGCCAGGACUGUCCGGGGAGAAGGGUGAUAGUGGAUUCGACGGGCGUGACGGACCGCCAGGAGAACCAGGUGUACCAGGAGAAAAGGGCGAUCGAGGAUUCAAUGGUUUCCCCGGACAGCCUGGUAUGCAGGGCAUUAAGGGUGACAAAGGAGAGUCAGGACAGGUCGUUAUUGGGCCUAAAGGCGAUCGCGGACCGCCCGGUUUCCCUGGAAUAAAUGGACAACCUGGUGAAAAGGGUAUGACCGGCCCGCCCGGCAUGGACGGUAUAAACGGAGAAAAGGGAGACAGAGGCAUGACGGGACCGCAGGGCCCGUCCGGCCCACCCGGCGAAACCGGAGCUCAGGGAUACCAAGGCGAACGAGGAGAAAUCGGUUUAGAGGGACAAUCUGGCCCACCUGGCCUUCCUGGCCAAUCGUGUACUAGCACAGAUUUUAUGACCGGAAUACUUCUGGUCAAGCACAGUCAAAGUGAUAUUAUCCCUCAAUGUGAACCUGGCCACAUCAAACUAUGGGAAGGUUAUUCACUCUUAUACAUAGAUGGUAAUGAAAAGUCACAUAAUCAAGAUUUAGGUUACGCCGGAUCUUGCGUAAGAAAAUUCAGCACGAUGCCAUUCAUGUUCUGUGACGUGACCGGAACGUGUAACUACGCCAGUAGGAACGACCGCAGCUACUGGCUCGCGACCGGAAGGCCGACGUUGAUGAUGCCAGUGGAAGGGCAAGCCAUUCAGGAGUACAUUUCAAGAUGCGUCGUUUGCGAAGCACCGACAAAUGUAAUUGCUGUACACAGCCAAACCGACAUCGAACCUCCCUGUCCAGGAGGCUGGAGCUUGCUAUGGACUGGAUACAGCUUUGUUAUGCACACCGGCGCGGGCGCGCAGGGCGGCGGGCAGGCGCUGGCCAGCGCGGGCUCGUGCCUGCAGGACUUCCGCGCCACGCCGCUCAUCGAGUGCAACGGCGAGGCGGGCACGUGCCACCACUUCGCCAACCUGCUCAGCUUCUGGCUCACCGUCAUCGACGAGAGCGCCACCUUCGGCGCGCCGCCGCGCCGCGCCACGCACAAGGGAGACUUCAACUCGCGCUCGCAAGUGUCUCGGUGCGCGGUGUGCAUCAAGAACUCAUAAUCUUACACGUACGUUUUCACUCGUGGACAGUAUACUUAAGGCGACCCUAUGUGUAUGCGACUUCAAAAUACAAUACCAAAAACGGCACGGGAGGCAAACUACUUUAGUCUGACUCCUUUUCAGUAUGACAACAUCCCGCGGGUAAUCUUGGGGAGAGGACACUUUCAAUAUACAUACAAUUAUAAAAUAUUUGAAUCAAAUGUACCUAUUUAUUUUGAUCAAUCGAUGUUUAGUUUCAGGAAUUGCUCUCAUCUCUUUAAAAAUAAUAUAGUUUCUUAAGCUUUUUAGUUUUCUCUUUUAUAAAGAUGAUUCCUCUGGCUUAAUGGGCCCUUGUAACGAAGCUUUAAAUAUACCUAUCGUUGCAGGAAAUUGAUUAGCAAAACAGCCAGCUCUAUCUCAAGCCUAUUUAAGUAGAAUUCUUAGCACCUGUUUACACACAACAACAGUGUUUUGCAACUCAAGUGUUUUAAUUUCAUCACGAAACAAAGACUAGCCUGCAAAAUACAGAUUAGUGUAAUUAUUUGAUUAAUACAAAUCGGUUUGUACGUCUAUGAUAGUUGCAUUUUAAAUCUUAUGUCAGACAUGCCUACUGAGGCAUAUCAAACACCUUGAACGCCGAAAUAUUACAUUUGAAAUAAAUGUUUAUAAUACCCAUUUCGUUUUUCCGAAAGCCUCAAUUGAGAUCUCAAUUGUGAGAUGUUAUGUUAUAAGUUAAUAGUGUUCCUGUUUUGAAUAGGGUAAAUAAAGCCAAAAACACCAAAGUUUGUUUAAUAGUUAGGAUGAAUGAUAUCGUAAGUAGAGUUAAUGUAAAUGUCUUUAUAGAUUAUUUUUUAUUUAUAUGGAGAUAAUUCAACUUGACACUGUCUUUUGGGUUUUUCAGUGUUUCGUUUUUCGAGUGGGUCGGUCAAAAGUUAAAGUGCAUAGUAACAAUUACUAAACCGCUUAACCCAGUUUGAACGAGUCAGGUCAAGUUGUACGGAAAUAUCUAUAAGAAGGUAGUUGUAACCACAUUACUUAUGAUAAAUAAUACGCUUGUGAUAAUUUAAAUGUGCCUUAUUCUGUAUAUAAUACACAACCGAUACCAAUUCACUUUCAAUUUCACUGUUAUGCAAUGUUAAACUACGUGAACACACUGUAUAGGAGUACUCUUAUAUCUUGUAUCUAAUAUAAUGAUAAUUAGGUAUUUCAUAUUCUUGAAAAAUAUGUAUAGCGAAGAUAAAUGUUGAUACAAGCACUGCCAUUGUAGAUAAUGUUUUAUUUUUAUAAUUUAUACGUGCUUAAGCCUAAAUACAUAAUAAAUAACAAAAA